AGAAGCGAACACAACGCGUUUGCGCAUGCGCGUGGAUCAUGUACGGAUCGUACGUGCCUAAAAUUCGCAAUUCAAAUAUUGGCUAAAGAACGGUGCCCAUAAAAGCGUUCUACCGCAAGUGACAAGUGAACGACAGCCAACUAAAAUCAAAUUUAUAUCCCUAACCAAAAAAAGCAUGCGUGAACGCAGUCAAACGACCCCAAGAAGGCGUCGUGCCGGUCCAAAACAGGCAUUACCAUCCGAGGGGGUGGGCGCCCUGGAAUCCCCCUAUUACUCUAUUGACAAUACGGAGGAUAUAUAUGGGACCACCUUGCUGCCCUCGCAGCGCUGCUAUGUGGAUCCCUGGGAUCUGGAGAACUAUGAUUAUGUACGCAAAAAGAUCGAUGAUGUCAACGGUCAGGAGGUGGUUGAACCCGCCUAUGGGGGUGCUAACUCCCUGACCCCCAGUCCUACCUAUGGUUAUGGAACGGGAGUUGGUGGGGGUGGGGGAGUGGGUGUGGGCAUGUCAGCCACUAUGCCACGACCCCACACCCAAACUCGACGGGUGUCGCGUGCUCAGUGCCAACUGGAGUGCUGUGUGCCCCAAAGGACUCGUCGCCGGAGUCGCAGUGCUCGCAAGGAACCACUCUAUACGGCCAGGAGCGACAUCUAUGGGGCACCCAGUCGCUACGAGGACUACAUGGCGACCAUGACCAGGCAGCUGCAGCUGGACAACGGCGAGGAGGAGGAGGAUCCGGAGGACCUGUAUGGCGAGGAGCAGCGCCAGCUCUACAAUGGCUUUGGAGGCUUCUCCAGUGCCAGUUCCACGGAGCACCCCUCCUCCAUUGGGGAUGAGCAGCCCCUGCCCCAGCGACGGGCCUCCACCCUGCAACGUCGCCCUGUUCCCAGUCAGAUGCACAGGGGCAACAACAACAUCGGAGGGGGCUAUGGAACUGCCCCCCAUCCGAGGCGCAAGCGAAGCGGUAAGACGGCGCCCCUGUCCACACCGCCGCAGAUCGAUUUUCCCGCCCCGCCGCCACUUUCGCCCGCCUACGACUACUGCAAUCCCUAUGCUACACUGCCGUACUGCAGCAUUCCGGAUUGCAGUGAAUGUCAGCAGCAAAUCUACGCUGCACCCUCCACCCUCUACGGAACCAUGGGCGGCGUGGGAGGAGGGGAUGGAUCCCGAUUGAGGGGCUCUUCACCCCAUUCCAGUGGUGGCGACUCAUCGCUCUACUCGGGAAUUUACGCCCGUAAAUUCGGACUGAGCAAGAAGGGUCUGCUGCAGAUCGACUACUCCUGCAGUUGGAACGAUCUGGAUAGGGUGAUGCAGGGCCAUUUCUGAGAUCCACGGGUCAUUGGCCUCGGGUGCUGGGGUUAGGGUUACCAUCACGUUUGCACCGAUCGCGAACAGAAACAUUUUUGUACUUAAGUCAUUUGCAUAUAAAAAACACCACACACACACAAGACCAAAUAACUUAACAUGUUUGUCGUAGAUUUAUAGUCUUUCAAUAUUCAAAUUUACUGAAUAAACAUUUU